AUGAACCACUUCAACAUCCACGGCCUCCCCUCCCUCGUCAACGCCCUCAUCAUGACCUCCGUCUUCUCCGCCGGCAACAACCUCGUCUUCUCCGGCGCCCGCACCCUCCACGGUAUGGCCCUGGAAGGCCAAGCUCCAGCCUUCCUAGCUAUCUGCAGCCGCGCCGGUCUCCCCUACUACGCCGUCGCCUGCACAAUGGCCUUCUCAGCCCUUGGUUUCCUGCAGGUAAGCAACAGCUCCGCCACCGUCCUGAACUGGCUCGUUAGCAUUAUCACCGCAAGCUACCUGCUCAACUACUUCGGGACUUGUAUCACGUACCUGCAUUUCCACGCGGCAUGUCGUCGACAGGGCGUUGACCGUGCCUCGCUGCCGUAUACGGGCCGUCUCCAACCCUACGCGGCGUGGUAUGCGGUGUUCGGGACGGGGGUGAUGACGUUAAUUUUGGGGUUUGAUUUGUUUUUCGACGGGCAGUGGGAUACCACCAGUUUCUUCCUCAAUUAUACGAUGAUCGGAUUCUUUGUGGUAGCGUUUGGGUUUUGGAAGGUGCUGCGUAGGUCGAGGUAUCUUUGGCCGGGCACGGCGGAUUUGGGAUUGAAUGGGCUGAAGGGGGAGAUUGAUGCGUAUGAGGCUUCUUUUGUGGCAAAGAAGAGAGGGAGGGUCGCGAGGGUUUUUAAUGGGUUUUUUGAGUGA